AUGGCGGGGCGGCCGGAGCCCCGGGCCUCGCCGCCCGCCGACCGAGACGGACCGGCGCCCAAUGCGGUGGCGCGGAUGUCGCAGUGGGCGGACGACCACCUGCGCCUCGUCCGGAACAUCAGCACCAUAAUGGCCAUAGCUGGAAUAAUGUUACUUCUAAGAAGUGUUCGACUGACAUCAAAAUUUACGAGUUCUUCAGCUAUUCCAGUAGAAUUUAUAAGAAAGAAUGUUAAGCUACGUGGACGAUUACGCCGAAUAACCGAGAAUGGUUUAGAAAUUGAACAUAUUCCUAUUACUUUACCUAUUAUAUCUUCAUGGAGAAAAGAGCCAUGUGGAGUUUUGCUGGUUAAGCUGGCUGGAGUAGAACUCACUGAAACUGGGAAGAUGUGGUUACAAAAAGAACUUAAACCUUCCCAACUACUAUGGUUCCAGCUUCUUGGAAGGGAGGAUUCAGCACUCUUUUGCUACCUGUUAGUCAAUAAGGGUAGAUAUUUCAGUAUGAGUCUGAAUGAAGAAAUCUUGAGAAGAGGUCUUGGCAAAACUGUUCUUGUUAAAGGGCUAAAUCAUGAUUCUAAAAUCUAUUGGAAAAUUCACAGAAAUUUACUUAAAGCUGAAUUAACAGCCUUAAAAAAAGGAGAAGGAAUAUGGAAGGAAGUAUCUGAAAAGGAAAGUUAUUUAGAAAAAUUCAAAGGCUCCUGGAGAAAAAUAUGGAAAAAAGACAGUUAUUUAAAAAAAAUUGGAUCAGAUUUCAACCUGAAAAAAGAAAGUUACUAUGACAAAUUAAGAAGUACUUAUGAAGCAUGGAAAGACAACUCCUUAAUACUGAAGUUUAGAGAACUUAUGCGUCGCAUACACUUUCGUAGAAGAGAGUGAAAUAUUCUAAGUUCUCUGGAGGUGAUCUACUUUGAAAAGAGUAAAAUAUGUAAAUAUAUGGAUAUUUUUCAUUGAGUUGAAAUGUUAAUUUCUCCCGGGAAUGAUCAAAGUUGUAUUCUCAUUGCAUUUAAAUAUUUAAGAGAUGAUUGUUAUAAAGGUAAUAUCAGAAUAAUUUAAACAAAUUGUGAUUAAUGUAAUAUGCUUUUAGAAAAAAUGAAACACUUUAUAAAAAUUUACCAGGUUGGAGGAUAUAUACAUGUAGUACUGAUAUUUGAAGAGAGAAUUUAACUAUGUAUGGGGCAUGGUGUUAUUUUUAGUUAUU